CACAAAGAUGUGGCUGUAAACAUCGAGUCCAGGAGGUGGGGGGUGGGGGUUUGGGUGAAGCUGCCUUUUGCAAACGCCUCUCCCUGAGCCCCAGUAGCAAGUUUGGGAUCGCGGGCUCCGCUUUAAAAAGUGCGAACCAUGAGGAGCCCCUGCACGCCUGCGGGGGUCUGGUUGUGAACUUCACCCCUAUCCCUCCCUCCAACAUCCCACCUUGGGGCAUGGCCAACGCUCACAACAUCCAGUCGGCCACCGCCAAAAGUAUCCGGCCGUUCAAAUCCAGCGGGGAGUACCUGCUAGCCAUGAAGGAGGACCUGGCCGAAUGGCUGCAUGAGCUCUAUGGGUUGCAGGUCAGUGCCCAGGGUUUACUGGAGGCACUGCAGACCGGCUGGCUCCUGUGCACUCACGCUAACAAUGUCACCAGAGUGGCUAAGGAUUUCUCCCGGGAAUACCCCCAGCUCCUUUCCAGGCUCAAGCUGCCCCAGGCCGAGGUCACCUACACCACCUCAGCCCAGGCCGGCACUUUCCAGGCCCGGGACAACAUCUCCAACUUCAUCAACUGGUGCCGCAAGGAACUGGAGAUUCAAGAUGUGUUGAUGUUUGAGACGGAGGACCUGGUGUUGAGGAAAAACGAGAAGAACUUUGUGCUGUGCCUGCUGGAGGUGGCGAGGAGAGCUUCCAAAUUUGGGAUGUUGGCCCCGGUCCUCAUUCAGAUGGAGGAACAGAUUGAGGAAGAGAUCCGGGAGGAGAUGGAUCUGCCAUCAGAGAUCAUCCCUCCAAAACUCAAACCACAGAAAGAGCUGUGUGAUUUCAGGAACUUGGAUGAAAUGGUACGUUACUUAGUGAGCCGCUGUACCUGUCCUGAUCAGUUUCCCAUGGUAAAAAUCUCUGAAGGGAAAUACAAAGUGGGCGACUCCAACACUUUGAUUUUUGUGAGGAUUUUGCGGAGUCACGUGAUGGUGCGAGUGGGUGGGGGAUGGGACACCCUGGAGCAUUACCUCGACAAACAUGACCCCUGUCGUUGCACAUCACUGACUCACAAGCAGGUGUCCAGGUUCAGUAGCCCACACAGGCCUGUCAACCCUGUUCACGAGAUCAAGACUCGCCUGCCACCGAGGACAGACCAGACAAACAAACCACAGACGGCCCUUAUUCUGUCGAGAUCGCAAAGUCCCAUGCCUCCAGUGGAGUGGAGACUAAAUACGCCACCUGCUGUUUCAACGCGGAGUCGCAGUGCUGUUCGGCCGCCAUCACCAGACGUUCACACCUCCUCUGGGGGUCAUUCAACCAUGAGGACACCUCGGGACAAGUCAGAGCCACGGCAAACCUUUCACACCAGGCAGAAAGAUCGGCCAGCUACUCCUUCCUACCAGAUGUCAGUGAACGUUGAUAGCAUCAAGUCCAACUCUAACACUACCACAGCAGCUCGAACGGGGAGAGAGAGGAGUAGGACUUUGCCAGCAUCUUCAAAGUGUCCUGCAGCUCAGGAGAACAAAUGCACUGUUCUCCCUACAAUGGACACCAAGAAAGUACCAAGUCAGCUCAUUGUUCCUCAACAAUCUGACACCAGAUUGAACCGAACUUGGACCACUGCCCAGUUUGCUGAGUCCAGAGUGAACCAGAGUAACUCAAGUGAGGGCAAGCACCGCACUAGUGCAAUUUCCCAGAAAUCUCCUUCUGAAAUGACCCCCCGAACCUCAAAGGGUUCGGCGAGAAGUUAUUCACCUGCGCCUGGCCGAGUCAGUAAGCUCUCACUUGUUCAAGAUGCUGAGAGUAAAGGUGACAAGAGUCAAGUGUCUCAUCGACAUCUGAGCCCAGCUGGUACCUGGCAAGAAAGCUGUGGGCAGGAACCAAAGUGUGUCAGCAAACCACUAAACGAUAGAGAAAAGAAGUGUACUCAACAAAAAAGUCGGAUUCGCUCGCGGACUCCUGAGCCUUACAGUAUCAAUAACAAUAAUAACAAAGGUGUUAACAGUGAUAUGCGUGAGCUGUGUACAUUCACACCUCCACCCAUUAAUCCUACACAAGAGUCAGAACUCUACAAGAGCCUCGAAGAUGAAAUUGCAUCCAAUAUGAAGGCUCUGCAGGUAGGUUUAUAUGAGGACAAUGUGGAGGUCACUGAACUCGAUACAUUUGCUUCAGUCUCCAGUCUGUCCAGUUCUUCAAAAUGUAAGAAACCCGACUCUCCAGUUUCAUCCAAAUGUUCAGUUUCCUCAUUCCCCAGCCCUUGUGAUAACACUAAUCGACCUUACAGCUGCAUUAAUGUGGCAUCGAUACAGACGAGAGGAGUGACUGAGAACAGCAGCAGUUUUAAUGCUGUUCUGACUGAACUUGUUAGUGGGACACAGAAGCUUAAUCGGGUGGAUAUUGAGAACUGGAUAGCAAAGAGCCCAAACAUGUUGCUCACUGAGUCUAGUACUAAUCUACAGACAGCAGCUUUGAACCCUGUUGAACCCGUCAUACCAUUUCCCAACAGAAUUGAAGUGCAAAGCGAAAACUAUACUAAGACUGGAUCAAAAUCUCUUCAGUGCAAUCAAGAAAACAAUGACUUCAAGGGCACUAAUCUCAACAGCGCGAAGUGUCAUAUAAUGCCGGCUCAGAAUAACUUGAACACCAUCGAGGUGAAUUCCAGAUCCACAAAUGAAGGAUCUGACACUAAUUCGUCAUUGGAAUGGCCAGAUCCCCCCUGCGCUCUUCAGAAAGCCAGAGCUCAACAGGAAAGGCAAAAGCGGUCACUGCGCAAACCGGAGAGAGUUCCUUCCAUCUACAAACUGAAGCUUCGCCCUAAAAUACGCCCCAGGAGGGACAACCGACCUGAGAAGAAGCCAUCAAGAAUUCCCACUCCGUUAUCCUACAGAGAGGCAGACAAGACCAUAAAAGGUAUGACAAAAUCUGGAAGUUCCCACAAAUCCCUCAAAGCCAACAGCAAGGCCUCAAAGUCUAAAGUUCAGGGAAGACAGAUCUCGGCUUUAUAUUUCACGAAAGCUGAGGAGGAUCUUGGUUCGGGAGAAGACUUUUGGGCUUGUCAACACAGUGUUCCACCAGGUGACAGAACUGCAGUACAGCAAUCCAUUAUGGAGGACUCUGGGCAAGGAAAAGAAGAUGAGGAAUCUUGGGUUUAAAAGCUUGAAAGUAAAUCUGUAUAAUAUCUCAACCUCAAGCACUUUGUUUAUUGACCAUCGAUAUUUUUUGUGUGUCGCAUUCUUUCACAGAAGCACUUAAUUAUGAGGCAGAAGAAACAGCCCAGCUGUGUCCACCUGUCACUCUGAAAGCCAGCAUGUUUUGUAAUGAAGUUAAAUGUGGUGAUAAUUGCCUAAAACAAAGGUACAAGAAAACAAGAACCAUAACAAUUGCACUACUUGAUGCUAAUUAACCUAAUAGAGGAGAUGGCACAACUCUUAUCCAGAAAGUGAUAAAAAGUUUGAAAGUCAAUUGAAGGGGCAUUGAGUGAAAGACAUUUUGUCCCCACCAAAUGACCUAAUAAUGUAGCUAUAACAUGAUCAGCGAGAGUGAAUCAAUUAAAGUGUGGGUUCCUAAAAUAAUUGUUUACAAAUUCUGAUUUGGUUUUGAUGCGUUUACAAAUAGUUUCACAAAUGAUUAUAAUGAGCUUGUCACAAUGUCACUUGCUUUAUAGAGAUGUAUGGCGCCUUCUAUGUUUUCUAAACUUUGUCUUAUUAAGUCAUUAAUAAUACUGUUUAUUCCCACAUUGUCAGAUAUUAAGUGCUAAUAUCUCCCCUGUUUUCAUAUUUCAAUAAUGACUGAAUAUUUCAAUGUCAUCCUGGUUCUUCGAUCUUGAGUCCACCUGACACGCCAGUAUGUGAGGGCCAGGACAAAUUGAACAUGAGGUUAUAUCAAUGAGUAACUUUAAAUUGAGGGCUCGGGUGGGAUCAGCGAACACAUAAUCUUUACAGAAUUGGUAAUAGAAACUUGGACUGGGUCACCGGACCUGGGGCAUUGACUCUGGUUUCCCUUCUCGGAUGAUUGCCGGAUGCGCUGGGCUUUUCCACCAGUUUCUGUUUUUGUUUCUGAUUUACAGCAUCCGCAGUUCUUUUGGUUUUUAUUAAAGGAUGAUUGAUAGUCAGGGAAGGAGAAAAACUGAUAAUGGAUUGGCUGUGAUGAAAGAAGCCCAUGUCCUGACAGGACCUGGGGGUGUGGAGGUGGGUAAAGGAUGUAUAAGGAUAAGAUCGAUAUUGAAAAUCAAAUUAUCGGUAUCAAUAUUUAGCCUUGAAGGCUGGAAAGUCCCCUAGCAGAGGAUGAGAUGCUGUUCUUCAGACUUGCACUGAACCUCACUGGAGUGCUGCAGCAGGAGCCAAGGCAGAAAUGUUGGGCCCACAACAAGGCAGUUAACAAGCAAUAAUCCUCCUUAAAUGGCAGCUUGCCACUGUCUGACAAGAACCUUGCCAUGCCAAGUUGUUAGAUCUCAUAUUUUCCAAUGAGAGUUCAAGUCGUGGGGUGUUGUCAGAUUGUUAUUGGAGCUUCAUUUUUCAGUACAGCUUCAUUUCUCCAGAGCAAUAAGGCACACAAAAAGCUUCAGAAUGUCUUAACUUAUACAGUAUAAACUUAGAGUGUACAUGCCCCGCCUUUGAUGCUAUUGGUCAGCGGCCCUACAUUAUCCCUUUGUAAUUGGCUCUCUGGUACAGCAUCUUUUACAAUUCAAGCGUGCCUCAGCAGUUUCAAUGUAGAAAAAAAUAGCAACUUGGACUGUGUCCUCCAAACAAUUGUUGAGGCUAAUUGAAAGCUUCAAAGUUGAUGGAUAUUUGGUAGGUCAAAGUGUUAAGGAUAAUAGAACCAUGACAGGCUAGGAGUCCUUGAUUGAAUGGCAGAAAUGGUUUGAUAUGCUAAAUGAAUCCGACUUUCCGGUGAUCACAUAGCUGAUGAGUACAAGGCGAUUAAGCCAAAGUUGUGCUAAGUAUUAACAAGGGCUUGGGAGGAUGGCUAUUGGAGGAUAUGUCCUCUUGUGCUCUAUGUGGUGAUGUUAGCACACGUAGGAUUUUGCUACAUUUAGUGUCUUAAUUGGAAAGCAACUGAGGGUUCAUAAUUCUGAUGCAUUUCCCAAUGGGAGGAUGGUUCACCGGUGCACUGAUUCCUCUCAUCCCGCACUCAGAGUCUUCCAAUUCUAUGGCAUUCAAAUCUUAAUAAGAAUUUACUUUUCUCGCUGUGCUGUUGAUAAUUUGUUUUGCAGUCAAAAUCAUUUCUGGAAGAGGAAUAGACAAUCGUAAUUAUUUCCAAUAAAGGGAUUUUUCAUUUAAA